AUGAGCACAGACGAUUUGAUCGAGACCUUCCGAGCGCAGCUGAGGGACGACCCCGAUGUUGCCUCGGCCGUGGCCGCCAUCCGAGCGCUGCUGGGCUUCCUCAAGCAGGACCGAGGAGAGACCAUCCAGGGCCUGAGGAGCAGCCUGCGGGCCGCCAUCGACACCCUGUCUCGGGUGGACUCCUCGGUAGCCGUCUCCUCCGGUGGGGAGCUCUUCCUGCGCUUUAUCAGCCUCACCUCCCUGGAGUACUCGGACUACUCCAAGUGCAAAGAAAUCAUGAUCGAGCGUGGGGAGAUCUUCCUGAGAAAAGUCUCUCUCUCAAGGAACAAAAUUGCCAAGCUGUGUCAUCCUUUCAUCAGAGAUGAUGCUCGAAUACUGACACAUGCCUACUCAAGAGUGGUCCUCAGAGUCCUAGAAGCAGCUAUCGAGUCAAAGAAGCGAUUCAGUGUUUAUGUCACUGAAUCACAGCCGGAUCAAGCAGGGCAAAAAAUGGCAAAAGCCCUGAGGAAGCUGAACAUUCCAGUGACUGUGAUUCUGGAUGCUGCAGUCGGCUACAUUAUGGAGAAAGUGGACCUGGUGUUAGUUGGUGCUGAAGGUGUAGUUGAAAGUGGAGGCAUUAUUAACAAGAUUGGCACUAAUCAAAUAGCUGUGUGUGCCAAAGCUCAGAAUAAGCCAUUUUAUGUGGUAGCAGAAAGUUUCAAGUUUGUAAGGCUUUUUCCUCUAAAUCAGCAGGACGUCCCAGAUAAGUUUAAGUACAAAGCAGACACUCUGAAAACAAGUCAGAAUCUAACAGAGGAGCAUCCCUGGAUUGACUACACAUCACCAUCACUAAUUACCUUACUGUUUACAGACCUCGGUGUCUUAACUCCAUCAGCUGUCAGUGAUGAACUUAUUAAACUCUAUCUGUAACAGAGGAUUCCAUCUAUGGGAUGUAUCAUCUUGUUCAGCAACUGUCACAGUUCUAUGAACUUGGAAGAUCAUAUAAGUUACAUGAACAUGGUAAGGAGAUGACAUUAUAAGGAUUCAUGUCAUU